CGUCAACAAGGAAGGCCGGCGCUUGCGACUCCUCGCUCCCGCCGUGGCCUCGACGUUGGAAUCGCAGCCGAUGACGGCCUCUCUUGCAGCGGCCCCACAUGCGACGCUGAAAGGCGUCGCGUGUACGCAGCGACGGACGGCGCAAAAAGGCUGGCGCGUGCCACCGGCCGUGCCUGCCCCGAUCGUCUACGACGGUGUGCGCGACGUGCGCGAUGCGAGCGACCCAUGGCGGCAGUGCGCACUGUCAAUCGGCAUUCUGCUCUUUCUCUUGAGCGUGUGGCGCUGCGUGUACAGCUUCGACGCGCUGGCGCUGACGGGUCUCGCACUGAGCUGCCUCGGUCUUUCUGCCCUUGCCUCUGCCCGCCAUCUCGAUGGCACGGGUAAGCUCGUGCUCGACAUGCGCGAGAUCGUCGUCGUCCAGAACCCGACGUCGCCAGCGUGGACAUCAAAGCAGCCCGAUCAUCUCUUGGACUCGGACGACGAGGUCGUCGACUUUAAUCGCCGGACGUACUCGAUGCAGUCGACGCUCGACUCGGAGUGCGACUCGGAGUGCGACGACGAUCUGCGGCAUUCGAUUGCGUCGACUGUCGCAGUCGAAGACGACGAAGACACCGAGGACGACCUAUCCGACAUUGAGUUGCCCGACGUCUCGCUGCCGCCUGCCCCGGCAGUCCUUGCCAUCAUGCCCAUCGCCCGUCCGCCGCGACCUCCGACUGUGGCGCUGAAACGAAAGCUCACUCCCGCGACCACCGCGUCGCCGACGACCAAGUACCGCGCUGUGAGCUGUGCCAAACCUCGCACGUUUGGCAGCCGCAAACUUCUCACGCCCGCCCUGCAGCGCAUGCUCGACGAAGUCGAAGCGAUGCAAGACGAGAGUGAUCGGCUCAUGGCGGCGAUGGCACACCUCGGCGUGCACGGUCCGUGCAGCAUGAACGACCGUCUCCGGCGCUGGUCUCUGCACUCGGCGAGCCCGACGCCGCCCCUGUAAAACAUUCUUCCUAUUCUUAACUUGAAACCCCAAACACGUGAA